GGUCCGGCCAUCAUUGAUCAGAGCUACUUUUGAGCACCUGGACACUUCAGCAUUGUGGUGCUGGAGAAACUGGAUGCGACCGCUUGGUUAUGUCAUGACACUUGGUUGGUGUUGAGACAUUAUGCCAUGUUCAAAAAUGGCACUGUGAAGGACUAAAAGAUCAUACUUUCUGAGAAUUUCAAUCUCAACGAAAACCUCUUCCCAAGUCCUUGUGAGCCUGGGCUGCAAUAACCCUAACGCGAUGAAGGCAUGAUGUCAUCUGGCCAUCCCAUGGUCAGGCUUGAGUUCCAAACUGAGCUGGUCGGCUGCUUCUGCCUCUUCGACUGUGCCUUUUUGAGUCAUUACGCUGGUAGUAGCUUGUCACCAGUCACACAUGCGGCGUCUCCACCUCUCCUGCCCCGCCGGAUUUGAGCAGCCGCGACUCCUGCAUAUCGCCCGCCGCCAUUGCCCCUCAUUCUCACCUUUACUCUCGUUCUCAACCACAACCAGGAUCUUAUCCCACCACCCAGCCCAACCGCAGCCUCACCUUCGCAUUCACCCCACCACCGGCAGAAUGACCAGAACCCAAGAACCCGUCAUCACCUCGGUCACCAACCUCCCCACCUCCGAAGCGAAAUGGAUCACCCUCCAGAAAAUAUCAUACCUCGACCAGACGGGCAAGGAGCGCACAUGGGAAGUUGCCUCGCGGAAAACCCGCGCCAAAUCCGCUGGCGUCGACGCCGUCGCCAUGGGCAACAUCCUCCUUCACCCCUCCCGCCCGGCCUCGACACUACUCGUCAUCCAGUACCGACCACCACUCGAUGCCUACACGGUCGAGUGGCCCGCGGGUCUGAUCGAUGAGGGGGAGACGGCGGAGCAGGCGGCUGUGCGGGAGUUCAAGGAGGAGACGGGGUACGAGUGCGAGGUGGUUAGCGUCAGUCCCGUGCAGGCAGCCGAUCCGGGGCUGAGUAGCGCGAAUAUGAAGAUGGUGAUGGUGGAGGUGAGGCUGGGGGAGGAGGAAGAGUUGCCGGAGCAGAGGCUCGAGGAUGGGGAGCAUAUCCAGCGGGUGGUGGUGCCGUUGGCGGAGUUGUAUGACAGGUUGGUGGACUACAGCCAGAAGGAGAGGACGGUGGUGGCGGCGAAACUGUUCCACUUUGCGGCGGGGAUGCACUUUGCAGCGACACAGGCGGCCAAGUAUGGGUUGUGAUACCUUACUGCGACAGCGUCGUUGGCGAUGGGCUGGCUGUCUUGGCUUGAGGAUGAGGGUUGGUCUGAUCUGUGUUAAGCUGCGCCGGGUUGGCCACCAGAUAUCCCAAUAUGUUGUUUCCUCGCUUCCAGAUGAGCAAUAUACGAGUGGUGCCACAAGCCUAGG